UAAUAGUCCAAGUUCGGCUUCUCAUUUUCAGCUCUGGGAGAAGCCCAAACACCAAGUCAACUGGUGUCUGGAGCUCAUGCCUAACUGGUGUCCAAAUAUGAGAGCUGCAGGGCUGCACCGGGUGGACUCCUGAACAGCCGUUUGGUAUACCCACAGGAUCCAGAGGCAGAGGCAGGCGCAGGUCCCAGUCCUACCCAACCCCACACACACUAUUGUCGAUUUUAAUGGGUGAAUUGAAGGCCUUCAUUUUGAAAGUCACAACCGGAUGUGUGAUGUGUGACUGUGACUAACUUGACACAGUGUUCGGAGAAACUCAUUCACUUCAGGUCAGGACACCCGUUGGAGUAAGUGGAUGAAAACGGUUGGCUUCCUCGUCCAAACUCGCAGGGAAACAACGUGAAAUCACUCGGAUACACCUCUGCAAACAGGGAUUUGGGGAGUCGGUCUCGAACCGGACACCAGAAAAGAGCCGUGCCCAUUUACCUACGCACUGUGUGUGUUUUCGUUCGGAAACACGCUCACACAUAUUCAUUUAGCGGAGUUAACGCUCACCUUGCUAGCCGAGUUAGCUAGCUGCGGUUAGCUGUGUUUCCCUUUACCCGGGACUAAAACCAGCCGGGGCUAAACUAAAAAACACUGCCAGACAUUUUCCACACAGCCUGCUUUAUGAUUCAGUCAUGAUGUGGUGUUUUAUCGGACGUUUACCAAGUUGGCCGGCUGGAAGCAUCGGCUGACUGAAGCCUGACUUUAGUGCUUCGGCUCUUUCGACCUGGAUUUUGCUCCUGUUUGUGCGUUUUUAUUCGUUUUCAGCUUUUCCACGGCUGUUUUUGAAAGGUGGACUUUGCCCUCGGGGUGAUUUAACUCCCCCUCUGUAUUCAAUAAAAGCCAUUGAAUCUUCUGUUGGAGUGUUUCAGAACUUGGCUGGAAGUUUUUUUCGGGGGAGAAGAAAAGUUUUUGUUGGGAGUUUGAGGAGGAUUUUUCCGAGCUUGUGGAAAAAUGGAUGCGGGAAUAGAGAAGGAAUGCAGCGCCUUAGGAGGGCUCUUCCAGCUCAUCAUGAACGACAUGAAGGCCAGUUAUCCUACAUGGGAGGACUUUGUAACCAAAGGGGCCAAGCUACAAUCACAGCUCAGGACGACCAUCGUGGUGACCGGAGCCUUCCUGGAUGCUUUUCAGAAGGUGGCAGACAUGGCGACCGGGACCAGAGGUGCCACCAAGGAGAUUGGUUCAGCGCUAACCAGGAUGUGUAUGAGACACCGCAGCAUCGAGUCCAAACUCAAACUGUUCACCACAGCUCUGUCAGAAAGUCUCGUCAAUCCACUGGAGUUGAAGAUGGAGGAGUGGAAAAAGGUGGCCAGUCAGCUGGACAAAGAUCACGCCAAAGAGUAUAAGAAAGCACGAGCAGACAUCAAGAAGAAAUCGUCAGACACCAUCAAACUGCAGAAGAAGGUGAAGAAAGGGAAGGAUGAGGUGCGGGGCCAGCUGGACAGCGCACUGCAGGAUGUCAACGUGCGGUACGCCGUCCUGGAGGAGACAGAGAAGCGAGCCGUGUGCAGGGCGCUGAUAGAGGAAAGAGCACGCUACUGCAGCUUCGUCACCAUGCUGAAGCCUGUACUGGACCAUGAGAUCAACAUGCUGGGUGAGGUGACCCACCUGCAGACCAUUCUGGAAGACCUCACCAACCUCACUGCUGAGCCCAAUAAACUCCCACCAGCCAGCGAGCAGGUGAUUUUGGACCUGAAAGGUUCUGAUUUCAGCUACACCUAUCAGACACCUCCAGCUUCUCCCAGUAGCACUCUGUCCAGGAAGAGCAGCAUCAGCAGUAACUACCAGUCUGGAUCAGUGAGACACGUUCCCUCCUUGGACUCUAUCAGCUGUGCUGUCGAUGGAGUACACAUCCAGGAUGCAGUCGUCUCAACCAAUCAGCUGGCUGCUGGUGGCGGCGGGGCGGAGAACGGCCUGUUGCCACCCCCACACAACGCCUACAUGAACCAUGGAGAGAGAGCUCGAGCCAUGUCUACGUCGGGGAAGUCUUGCUCGGGCCGGGAUCAGUUGGCACUGACACUGGGUGCGCUGAAUGCGGACGCCCCAAGGAGCAGCAGGGACUCUCUGCACUGUUCCAGUGGCUACAGCACACAGACCACCACCCCGUCCUGCUCUGAGGACACCAUACACACACACACUAUAAAGAGAGAUCCUCCCCUCUCUGUCGACUAUGAGUGCCUCUCUUUCCACGGCGACGCAGACUCUAUCUCCUUACAUCACCUCUCCCAUGGCAACAGCCAGUCAGACUUCGACAAGUCCUCCACCAUCCCGAGGAAUUCCGACCUCAGUUUACAGUACAGGAAGUUCGCUCAAUCCAAGCGCCCCGCCUCCACUGUCAGCCUAUUGGCCGAGCCUGAAUUUGUGGGCGGGUCCAUUCGACAACUGCCAUCCCACACAGCGACCAUCAGGCGCAAACCAUCAUCCAAACCAGGUUAUCGCCGGGGCACUAUCACUGGGGGGGUUCCCAUCCCUAUCUGCACCCCGCAGGUUCCCCUCAAAGCCUUCGGAGGAAACGGCGAGAGCGAUGAGAAUGUUUUCACAGCGCCCUCUGCUGGAGGAGCAGGAGGUUUAAGUUACAGUAAACUCUGCAGCUCCACACACAGCCUGGGCGCCCUACCCCUCCCCUCCCCCUCAUCCUCCCCAUACUACCAGCUGGUCCCAGGUCAGAAUCCCAUUCCAGUGCCUGUACCCACUGUACCCUUCCUGCCAACAGAGAGCAGCAGCAACCAGCAGCAACUACAGCAACAGCAGCAAAUCAACCAACAAUUAAACGAUCAGCUACAGCAGCACAACCAGCAACUCCGGCAUCAAUAUUAUCCUCAGCAACAGUUUCAACAUCAACCAUCACUGUAUCAGCAACCCCAGCAGCUGCAGCAUUACCAUGAUCAGUAUCAGCAGCAAGAGCACGAUCAACAGCAGCUGAACCAGCAGCAGAAACAGAAUCUGUUCCAGCAGCACCACCAGCCCUCUAGUCUGGGCCACAGUGCCCACUACGAGCCCCAGCCGCCUCCACCCUCCAGCCAGGACCAGGAGCAGCUGCCACCAGAGGGAAGAGGCGAGGGAGACAUGCUGACCCUCAUCAGAGGAGUGAGGCUCAAAAGGACCAUUACCAACGAUCGCUCCGCCCCUCUCCUGCCCUCUCCAACCAGUCACAAAUGAGGAUGAACAACACGUUGAGCUGCUGCCCUGCUGGUCAACUUUUAAUUUAAUGGCACAAAAGCUGCACCUGAGUGUGUCGGCACAGAGCAGAAUCAAACACGUGGACUUCCUGUUAAAUGCAGAUUGUGGACUUUACGAACAGAGGUUCAUCGCUGGAACUUGACGUGUGCGUCAUUUUAUUUUCUAAGCAUUCUGCUCCUCUUAGGCUCUUUAGAUUUCUCAGUUUUAAACUUUUUUGAAACUUAGUCAUCAUUUCUGUUGACAUGGCAACAGAAAUGAUGACCAUCUUUUUGCCUAUGUUUUGUUCAUGUUUGCAUUUUGAUAAAGUUUCUGUUUGACCCAGUCUUACCCACAGAACUGUUAACUGUUUUUCCUAGUCAGGUGCUACUUUUGUUGUCAUUAAUUAGCCGGACUGCACGUGUCUCAGAUCCUCAGCCUUGUGUGGGUUUGAGUUGCCUUUUGCUUAAGACUCCCACGUGGGUGGGGUUUAUUAAUGGUCCAAUGGCUCCACUGUGUCACCUGGUUGAACCACGGUGUGUGGAGGUUUUAUUUUGCUGGCUGUGGGUAAGUGCUGCUUCAGUCCUGGGGAGCUAGAAGAGUCAAAACACCAACCCUGAUGCACAUGAAUAAAUUUGUUGACCGGGUCUCUAGAUUGUAAAUAUGUUAGAACAAGAAAAAAAAGAAAACAGCACUUCAGAAAAGCACAUUUGAUGAUUCACAAUUUGAUUCCCUUACCUGCAAGUGGCAACAAUUUCUACCCCCGGGAUCCCAAAUGGUGACACCGUUUGGGGAAAAGCAUUUAAAACGUAACUGUGGGUAAAUGUCUGAUUUACUGUGUUAACAAAACAACUUGGUUGAAAUGAGAGGAAAGAAGAAGACAGUGACUUGUUUGUAAGUUUUAGAGGCAGCACCGACUUAGAAGCAGAUCAGCAACCGUGGAUUACACGGUCGCUGAUCAGCACCACGAUGCUGGACUAACACAUUGACUCGACUCCUCUGCUACCUCAGAAAAUUAACACGAGAUUUGAUUUAUAUUAAUAUUAGAGAACAAUAUCAGCAGGUAUUGGCUUUUUUUUUUUUACAUAGUUCAUUUGAAGAGGAACCCUGACAAUGUGGUUAAUAAAGCGCUGUGACUAAAUAUGUGCUGUGAGGACAGAUUUCUGAUUUACCAUAUCCAGACGCUUUGGCAUCUUCUUUUUACUUGUUGGCAGACAUACAAAUUGGUACGGAUACAUACCACAGUAUCUCUAAAACUGGAUUUGGAAUAAUACUAAUAAUCAUUACAUCAGUUUUUUUGUCAAUUUAUGACAAAGUCGCUUUAUAUGAUACGACAGCAACUGUUUUAAGUCACAAAGAGGAAAAAUGACGACAAUAAAACAGACAAUAUUUUCUUAUUGUACUUUAAGACAUGUCAGUACAGAAAACCUUUUUAAUUAAUGUCGAAACCUCUAUUCAAUAGUUUUCCCAUCUGAGCCCACAAACUUAUUUUAUACUGUAAAAUGUCCAGUUCAGGACAUAUAACAAUUCUUUUAUGGCUCUUCAUGAAAAUAUUUGUUUUUAUGUUAAAGAUUUAUAUCACAUUUUUUACAAUCAAACUAUCAGCGUCACUCAGGCACAGCCGAUACGUUGGCACAGAAACAUAAAUGUUAUGCUAAAGUUUAUCAUUGUGAUUUAACACGAGGUGAGCUGGUGCCUCUGGUGUUUAUUUUACAGCUGAAACUUUUCAUUGUUGAUUAAUCUGAUUGUUUGGUCUUUUAAAUAUUAAAAAGUCAUGAAAACAUCCAUCUCAUGUUCCUAAAUCCUUAGUUUGUAUGAAACCAAAAGCUAUUGAAUUUACUGCGGAGUCACACCAUGAAAAGCUAGAACCAGUUAAUGUUUGGCUUUGAACCAUUUACUAAUUAAUUUAACAGUAGACCAACUAAUUGUUUCAGCUCACAUUGUUUUACCAGAUGAAAGUGACUUUCACACAACAGUUCUUAUAUUUUCUGCAGGCAGACAGAGGACGAGCUUUUGAAUCGGUUGUUAAUCCUCUAACGUGGCAGAGUUUCCACUUGCAGGUCUCUGCUUCGUCUAUAAAAGGUACAAAUCAGUCACUUUCACCGUUUUAAAAAGUGUCGUUAAAAGAACUUCAGUGUCUUUCUGCGUCUACACACAGAGGAUCUAACGUGGUUAAUAAAGACACUGCCAGAAUUUAGUUGUUUGUUUCCGCUCCCAUCACUCAAAUUCUGUUCAGUGAGUGUUUAUCUGAAUUACACUGAACCAUAUUUAUCUACAGUUGGUCGGGCUCCAGUAGCUGGUUCUGAUUGGGGUCCUGUUCCAACGGUAAAAUAUUUAGAUAUGGUAGACUGUAAUGACGUCACACUACUGUGGACAUAAAAACAAACCACCGAUCCCAAAUGUGAACAAAAGCUGAAUAAUCAAGGCAGCGGUAACUGUUGACUCGACAGCGACGUGUUGCCUCCAAAGGUCGUCUGUUGAGUGUCACCUUAAUGUUUUUGGAGAGUUUAAUCGUGAAAAAGAAAAAUUUACUAGUGCUGCAGCUAAUGAUUAUAUAAUCCAUUAAACAGCUGGUCUGUAAAAUACCAAAUAUGUUAAUGUUUGAAAAGCUAAAAAAAGUCAAUUUUGGCUUCUUUUUCCUUAAAAAUGGCUUUAGAUUGAUGAAUUAUCCAAAUGGUUGCUGAUUAAUUCCCUGAUGUUUCGAUCAACUGAUUUCAUUGUUUCAGCUCUACCUUUUUCAUUCCAAACACUUUCCCCAUGUGGGUUUUUACGUUCUUUUUCCAUCUGUUUUAAUCUUAGUUUGACUUUUUAGGCAGAAAACUAAAGUAAAAUGUAUUUUCCACUAGAAUCUAACACAUGAAGUAGAGGUGACUACAAUAAAAAAGUUAUUUAUAGAAAAACUGCAGCUGUUAAAUGGGGAUAUCAAAUUGUGACUUGUUACUUAAAUACCCAACAAAUGAAAGAGUUUGGUUUGUGGCUCUGCUGUGGGAAUUCAUGCUCAGGACCUCAGUGUUUCUCUAAUCCUGACUUUGGCCCUGCUGGUAUUUGCCUUGUGGAGACGCGCUGCAUGCUGGGAAAUGCAGUCCAGUCUCUGGCCAGUUGAUCCUGCUCUGUUCUCUGAGAAACUUUGUUGUGUAUUUUUGCAGCUGAAGAGUUUAUAUUAAUGAUGAGAUGAAAACUGAGCUUCUGAUAUUCAUUUGAUUGGACCCAAUAAGCCCUACAACUGUGUGUGUAUAUAUUAGUGCUUUCAUUCCUGAGAGAGAGAGAUCUAAAUCUAUAUGUAUACAUAUCUGAAUUGUAUUUUUGUUGAUUUAUUGAUCAGAAUAUGUGAAGCUUUAAAGGAGGAAACCCAGUGAACAUCCUGUGUUUGAGGAUCUGAACCCUGAUUGGAUGUCUGGCUGUUGAGAAGUGAGCGAGGACUAAACAGACGACAUGAACCAACAAUGUAGUUUUGUUCUUCAUCUUUUGAUGUUCACUGUGGGAUCAAUAAUAAUAAUGAU